AUGAAAUUAUUGCUUUUGUUUUUCCUAUUAGGAUUCUCAGAUUUUUCUACAUUACCAGCUUCUGAUGCUAACGCAAAAUUUUCUUAAAAUGAUCUUUAUGUUUUAAGAGAAAAAUCUAUUAUUAGGGGACAUUACAAAGAUGUAGCUUCGCAGUUCAAUGGUGCUUUACUAUCCUCAGCAAGAACGACUUCAUUUUGGGAAUCAGGAAUUGAUAAUAGUCCUUUAAGAAAUUUGCUCUAUUAUUCACCCAAUUAUUUGGUAAUUGGGCAUGUUGUUGCCAGACUUAGUGAAUCAAUAAUUGUGUAAUUUUUAUAAGCAUAUGAAAUAAAUACUGUAAGAUUUUGGAUGUGGGAUGGUGAUACUAGAUAAACAGACAUUCAAGUAUUCACAAUAGCAAAAGAUGGGUAGACUGAAAACAUUAUUUUUGAUGGUUUUACCUAACCAACUAUAAUGGUUGUAAAAUUUUCUGAUUAAUUGGCAUCAGGUUUGAGAUUUUACAACCGAGGAGGGAAUACUAUAGGCACAUAAUAUAUGUCAAUCAUAAAAAUAUAAGCCUUCUACGCUUUUUGA